AUGUCGCUCAAGAAUAGUUUACACGGCAUUCCUGGAGUGAAGCAUGAAUCACCUAAACCACCCGCAUCUGGAGAAACCAACCCCGGAGGCACCACCGCGCCUGCGGGAAAUGGUAUAAACUACUCUUUUCCAGCCGUCUCUACGCAUUCUAAAACCAACCGCCCCAGCUUAGCCUCAACUCCUGCUUCACGAUAG